AACGCUCCUGGUGGUCGCACUGGAAGUCAAUCUUUCCCAAAGGAGGUCUCAACUCGACGCUCUCGGAAAAAUGUUGAAUGACACUCAGUGGAAAGCUCUACUGCUGGUUUUUUUCACGGCUCUGGGAAGCGAGGUCUUCUGCUGCAAGCCGUUUGAAGCAGCGCGGGGAAAGAGGCUUUUGGGACUUAAAGCCAACUUUAUAAAGAUACAGAAUCAGUGCAGAAGACAAAUCGUCACCACAAUGAAACUCCUCACGGUGGACGAUGUAAAAAGGCUAUCCAAAUCUUUCUGCGACGUACACAAUGCAUGUAUGAAGUCGGCAGAAGAAGAAAGUGCAGUAGAGGUCAUAGACUGCUGGUCGACCGCAGCCAGGAACGAGGUAACGUAUCCAUGAGAUGUAGCGCGUCCAUCUGGGACAAAUGAAAUAUUGACACAAAAUAAUGCCAAAUCGGCGCACCCGCCCUGCUGCUGAGCGCUAUAGGUCGCGCGUUCGAGUCCCGGUAGCGGCAGCCAAGUUACAGCGGAGGAAGAAUCCGAAAACGCUCGUGUGCCACACUUUAAGCCCAUGUCACAAAAACCUAGGUUGUCAAAAUUAAUCCGAUACCUUCCACUACGGCGCCCUUCAUAUGUUAACUCAA